CGUUGAACCUUCGUUGAAGCAACACCGCGAUCAACCCAACGAGUCUGCCGAUCAAAGUACUUCACUUUUACCCCAAGUGCUAUAAAAUCGUUUCGAUUUCAAGUUCAUCAGCACGGACGUUGCGAAAUUUUAUUUUAUUUUCGACGUUCAGAGAUUGAGAUUGGGGUGCGCAAUCCUCGUUCGCGUUUCACACGUCGAUGCAAGGGAAAUUAUGAAUACGUAAUUCCUAAGAGAGAAAAAGUGAUUCCGGUUGAAGUGACAAAAGAAUCGACGCGAAAGUAAGGAUAUCAAGAGUAAUCAAGAAUAAUGGAUAAUCGCAGAGAACUGAGCAAUCGACACGUGAUGCUGGCUAUCAUCGCGUGUGUAUUAGUUAUAUUUAUUGAGGCGGGCGACGGCAGGCCUCACAUCAGGCACCAUCGUGAUGGCUCGCACUGCAGCAGAUGCGGUCCAGGCUGGGGCGUGAUUAGCCGGUGUUCUCGCGGCCGUGACACCGAGUGCGGAAAGUGUCCUGCCGGCACGUACAGCCCGCAUCAUAACACUCAACCCUGCUGGAACUGCGCCAGAUGCGGCCCGGGCUUGUACGAGGCGCAUCCGUGCACCCCGCGUUCCGACACCGUAUGCGAUUCCUGCCACCGUCCAGCACCGGACAAUCCUGACUACCAACGCAAGUGUGAGGGCCGCGCGAGGUUCUUCCUCGCGCCCGAGGACGCACGUAACACCGCCGAGGAGAGCGUCCUGGUGAACGAGCCGGCUUACCGGUUCCAGGUGAACGACAGGGAACGGAUCCUCCAAGAGGACGUGGAAGCUGUGCUGAGGGACAAGUCAGCCGCACAAUCGGAUGAUCCACGGAGAAUCUAAUCGUCCGGAUUACGCAUCAGCCUCAAUUAUCGAAGGUGCUAGAAGAUGAUACUCUUUUCGUCCUUCAAGACACGACUGGAGAUAGAGAUACGAGAUGGUAUCAGUCCUUUCUUUUUCAAAAUUAAGGACUCUGUCUUCUCGUGAGCGCGAGAUCUAAAAGAUUCGACAGAUCCGUAAUAGGAUCGAAUGAACAAUGCGUACAUGCGGUGCAUGUAAUCGAUCACUAGUCAAUUAGUGCUUAAGGACUAACGGAGGAAUAACGUGUGAUGUUGCUGAUACAACAUUCGUAAUUUAUUCCUUUCAUCUCAUUCGUCCGUUACAAAGGAUCAUCCGUAGAAGACGUUCUACUCCUGCCACAAAUACAUUAACGUAUAAGCAAGAAUCCUCUUUACUUUCUUGCGUAUGAGUAGACAGUCAUUACAUUUUUUAACACUUAGAUUUGUAUUAUACGUAGGUACAAUGUUCAGCGAUCGUUAUUCGCGGGCACUACAAAUCACUCGUAGGAUCAUAGGUCAAGAUUUCUGUAUACAAUCUUAGAAUUCGAAAAUCUCGCGAUGUAAUAGUUUUACGAAAAUCUCCACGGUACAUGUUUUAACAUGUAUCCGAUUAUCAUAACGUAAUAUAUCAAUAUAUAUCGAUACAUAUCGAUUAUAUUGUCAGAUUGAGAUCAUUGUUAUUAUGAUAACUGAUAAUUGAUAAUGUAACUAAUCCACCUGGUCACGUAAAUUCAGGUUCUAUUCGGAAUUAGCGCGAUGGGUAACAUAACGACAAAUAACAAGAUUAUGUUAUUGAAGUACAAUCAUGAACUGUUAUUUUUCUUUCUCAAAGAGCAUUUUAAUUAAUGUUCGUGUUUUCGAAUUCGAUACACUCUGACCUAUCAUAUCAGCUCGCGUACGUAAGCGAUCCAAAGAUACAAACAUCAACCGGCACUGCUAAAUUCGAACGGAUGUUUGUGUUGAUUGAUACAGUUAUAACAUUAUUUGUACGUAGCUCGAUUUUCUAUAUGCGAUGCAUAUUUUGUAUACCACACUCGCAGUCUUACGGUGUAAGUACAUAUAUGAUUUCGCGCGAUAUUAUAAGUAUUCAAAGAUCUCCUUGAAUUGUUUUGCUUAUAACGUAUAAUAUCUAUGCUCGAAAUGUACGUAAUUUUCAAUUUUGAAAUGAUUCCAUUGCGCGCGGCUUUUUUUUCGCUCCAAACAAAAUAUGGAAAACUAAUUGUAACAUUAACACGUGUAACGAACCAGAAAAAAGGCGGACUAAUAUCGACGAUCACGUUAAAUUCGAUGCGUUCGAGGUGAAAGUUGCACAUCGGCACGUGUCCUCGUUUGGUUUCACUAAAUAAUGCCGCAUCGACUCUUGACACCGUUCAGAUCCCUAUGGCAUUGAUUAUUUUCUUUCAAAACGAGGACGCUAGGCCCAUUUAUCAAAAAUAUAAACCGAUAUGUUUUUAUUUUAUUCUUUAAGUUUCAUGGUUUUUGAAGAUAUUGUCAUAGUUAUGAUGAUUCGUAAAAAAGCCGGUGAUAUUCAAAAUUAAUAUAAAAGUAGGUCUAAACUAAAAGAAGACUAUCACAGGAUAUGUUCUGUCGAACAUGAUGAAAAUGAAUAUUUCUAAACUCGUACGCAAUCUUCUUUUAUGUAUUUGACUUUUAUAUACUUAAUAUGCUGAUGUCGUUAAUAUGCUCGGAUCUCAAUAUUAAUAUCUUGAUGUUAUAUAAAUUAAUUAUCAUUAAAUUCGUCAUAUGUCGGUAGGAUAAAUAGAAAAGGAAUUCGACGCUUUUAUGUCGAAUUGUACGCCUGUCGAUUGUUUAAUGUGCCUAAAAUGACUUGUAUUCCCAGUGUCCAUUUAACACUGUUAACACUGAACGUGUUUGUUCGAUUUUAAUAUUUUAUAUCUUUUUUGUUAUAAUAUCGACAUUCUCAAGCUAGAAGAGAUAUAUUUAGCGCUAUAAUACUACAUAUGAGAUUACAAGCCAACAUGGCUUAGAGUCUAAACUCUGCAUAUAUAUAUAUAUAUAUUAUAUAUGUUAACAGAAUAAUUUACACAACUCUUUCUCUAAGAUAUUGUCUGAUAUCGUGAAGAAUACUCGAAUGAUGAUUAGAGGCCUUCGUGUCGCAUCACUACUUUCCAAGUGAGUGGUGUUAUGCAUAUUAUUACAUUAUUUGAUUCGAUUUAACUGAUAUCGUUCAACAAGCGCGAACUGUUCUUAUAAUAAAUAAAGCAUUUGUUUAAAAUGCGCCGUUAUAUAUUUGUCAGAUCUAUUAACAGAGAUUUAUCGUUAAUGUGAGAUAAGAGACUGAGAAGCGUAUAUACAUUAAUGCUGAUCAUGUCUACUAUGCAACUAAACAUUUUGGGUGAAGUAUGACUUGACGUAUCUUGGAACUGUGAGUUGAUACUUCACAAUUCCACUGUCGAACAAGCAUGUACAUGCAUGACUAUAUAUGCUCGUGUGUAAACGCCAAAAUUGCACAUGGUUAAACGGACGAGAUCAGCCAACGGCGAAUCUUGGCGCUACAAAACGUGUAUAUCAAAUAGUAUUAUUAAUUUAUCGUAGUACCAUACAACGUAUAUCUGUAUAAGUCAUUGUAAAUAUGCGAUAAUAAAAGAAACACUGUUUGAACAA